AUGGAUACAAUAGAAGCCCAAAAUCAGGCAGCGCUUGCUUUGAUCACUAUUACACCACCCAGCUUACAAAAUAUACCUACAGAAAUUCGGAGAAAUAUAUUUAUAUGUCUAUUGGUGAACACCGAGUUAGCAGAGGCGUCUGCUAUCGACCAAAAUGAGAGAUACGGAGCUGAUUCGAAGUACGGCUUGAGCCCACAGGUACUCCUUGUCUGUCGCCUUUUCCAUGAAGAAGGAAAGGAGGUUUUGUAUGGUUUGAACCAUUUCAUUGUGGAAUCACUACCGAACAUACACGUUGAAGCAUUGGAAGCAAUUCAACCCCUGACCUUAUGCAGUCCCUUGACUCGCUGGGACAACCAACCUACCAACUCCAUACAAAAGGCUUCAUUGCAAAGGAACCCAGGUAUUAGAUUGGUAAGAAAGUGGAGGAUGAUAUUAAGCGCCAAGCUUCAUGAGCCCCGAAGUCAAGAUGGCCUCGUUGAACUGUGCCGUUUACUUUGCGAGCUUCAAAUACUUUCAGGAGGUUCAUUAUUGAGAGAGCUAGAAGUUUGCAUCAUUCCCAAGGGUGCUGAAUUCAAGUAUGGCUAUUUAGACGCGGCCGACAUGCGCGAAAACCUUGUGCCACUGGAGCUGCUACGAAAUAUACCUAGUGUGUCGAUUCGAACAGCCAGCAUUUCUGAGAUACCAGACUUUGUAUGCAGGGAUGAAUGGUUUGAUACGCCACUCGUGACAAAGUCAAUACUACCUACCGUUCCCUAUCGAUGCUUCCUCAUCGACCUUAUCCAAGGAAAUUCAGAAGUCGAGUUGAGCACUAAAAUGUUUACUGCUCUCUUGGAGUACGCACAGGCGUUUGAAAGGGACCCUGAGUUCAAGAAUGCGAUGUCCUUGACUUUUGAAGAGGUAGCUACUUUGAUGGCUGGGGAGUUCUCUUUAUUAAGCGAUAAUCCGUUCCUCAGUAAAGUGUUUCAUCCUAAUGGACUAGCUCAUACUAUUGAGGCUGGUCUACAAAAGGCGAAAUAUAUGACCGAGAUCGAAAGUGGGGAUAUUACUAAGACCACCAAGUUCAAGGAAGAGCGAUCUAUCAUCCUGAAAUAUCUAGAACGCCAGUUUUGUAGGAUAAGCCACGCAUCCCAAGAACUGGUUCAAUUUGUCAAAUUACAAAAGCGAAAAUGGGGCGUGUUUGAUCCUGCCUGUACAAAACAGUACAACGGUUUUGACAUGGUGAUCUAUACUGAAGCUAUGGUCUUACUCGAAGAUUAUAUCGCAUCAUUUACUCGAGAGCUCGACGCGUCAACCAAAAUGGCAGUACGCUCCCAAUUCGGUCUUUUUGGGCAUCGCUACGACUUUAUGGCAAGAGAAACCAAACUUAAAAAAUGUCGGGUAGCUUAUAAUCGGAGAGAUCCCAUCACGUUCAGAAAGUACUUCCAGGAUGUAGUUAGCGAUAUGGAGCUUCAGUACUUUAUCAUACUCACGGCUAGAUCCAAGCUGUAUGACUGGGACACUGGCAGUAAUAUUCCUGAUAUACACGUCACACCAUUGAGUUCUUUAGAAGCCUGGGAGAUUAGAUGGGACAUAGAAGAGCCGACAGUCACGGUGAUAACAAAAUCAGAAGCCCAGAAAAUGCAACAUGAUUUCCAGCGCCAAAUCGCACAACAAAUUUUCCUUGCACAACAAUCCGCGACACACGAAGCAGAAAAUCAAUUUCCAGAGAAUUACCAGGGUUCAGAUACCGUCGAUGGAGAUGGAAUCAAUGGCCACAAGUUAAACAUUGAGAACAAUGCCGAGAAUCUUAUUACUGAAACGGAGCUUGUAGCACUCGCAAAUUGGGAAUCUCUACCGUAUCACGAUGAUGACGAAUUCUAUGAGUUGACUUUUCAGUGGGAUGGCGAUCAGUCUCGACCGCCAUCUGUAGCCAACGCUCCUAUCUGUUCUGAUGGUGCUUCGGAAACCGAUUUCUACGAGGAACUAUUUAGAGAUCACUCGGACGAUGAGAGCUUCGAUUUGGAGUCUGAAGACGAGCAUGAAAUCGAUGAUGAUCUUGCCAGUAAUGGCGGAUCUAUUCUUCACGCUCUACCUUGGCUUGCAGACUCUGGAAGCUCUCUGUCACAUGUAUUCCCGUGGAUGACACGUUCGAAGCAAUGA